UAUCUUCAUAAGUUGAGGGAAGAUCUACGAGAAAGGUUCAGGAACGAGUACAUUGGGAUGCUCAUCCAGAAGGGCAAGGAGAGGGACUCUCAUUUAAGGGUAGGUGAUGUAGUUUUAAUAGAGACAGACUCUAAGCGUAUUAAGUGGCCUUUAGGGAGGAUUGUAGAAACCUUUGCUGGUGCUGACGGUUACAUAAGAGUAGCCAAGGUACGCACUGCUGAUGGAGAGUAUACACGAGCAGUUCAACGUUUGUACCCACUUGAAGUGCCAUCAGACACAAUAUAAGGAAGAGUUUUGGGCCUCUGCCCCAAAAGGUGGGAGAAUGUUACGAACUCUUUUAGUGUUUGUGGUCAAGUUAAAUGUCAAAAUAUUUAAAUUUAUGUUUUCUUAUUGAUUGUUAUGUUCUUCUGUAUGUCACUCUAGGAAUAAAUGGCGAAACGUUUCGCCAUGACCCUUUACCGGCUCAUUAUUUAUUUAGUUUCCUUCAUCUGGCGACCGUUAAAUAAGAUGGAAAUACUAAAAAAAGAACGUAGUGUAGCCAGGAGGCUUUUUACAAUCGCGAAAAGUGAAAUUAACGCUAUUCUAGAGUCGGCAAAUAUCGACGAUAUCACCGCGGCCUUCAAUAAACUCCAGCUUCGAGCCGAUUCCCUGUUCAACGUUGACCAGCGUAUAAAAGAACAGUGGCUAAAAACGGACGAGAUGACUGAAGACGAAAUUUACGAGGAUUGCAUGACCAGCGAUAAGUAUAUCACCGACUGGGAGCGUAUAAAAGUCAUGUACGACAGCGUUUCCCGGAAGAAUGAACGCGUGAAGAGGUCUCGCAAGUCUAGCGGCAGCGAUGUGUCGAAUAAUACAGAUAAGUCUCAUCAAUGUUGUGAGAAGUCGACAUGCAGUACAGCAUGUCAUACAAGAAGAUUUCGCCUACCAAAAUUUGAGUUACGCAAGUUCGACGGAAAUUCUAAAAAUUGGAUUGGUUUUUGGUGUCAAUUUCAGAAAAUCCACGACGACGAAACAAUUGACGACGGAGAUAAGUUUCAGUACCUCUACCAGUGCACUGUUCCAGAUACUCCAGCACGAGAGAUCGUCGAGAGCUUUCCGCCGUCGGGAGCUAACUACAAGAAGGCUAUUGAGCAACUGAAGUCCAGGUUUGCGCGUGAUGAAAUGUUGAUCGACAUUUAUGUGCGUGAGCUCCUUAACCUUGUACUAGCACAAGCAAAAGGUAAUACUUCUUAUAAAUUAGGCCACUUAUACGAUAAAUUAAAUACGCAAUUAUUAGCACUGCAAAGCUUAGGUGUCACUAUAGAUAAAUAUGCUGCUUUACUUUUCCCUUUAGUUGAGUCCGCCUUGCCCGAAUCUGUUUUACGAGCAUGGCAGAGAUCCCAUGCAACCGAGGAGAAAGGCGACGAUCAUCUGAACCGGCUUAUGAAGUUCCUGAAACGCGAAGUCGAGUCGGAGGAGCGGAUCCAGCUCGCGCGCAGCGGGAUAGCAUCGGGUGACAGUUUGCAUAGCGUUCCUACUCAACAACCUACCGCGGCAUGCUUUGUGUCCACGGAAGACGCAGGUAAGAGAAUUUGUUGCGUUUGGUGUGAAAAGGCAUCACAUAGCAGCUUCGAGUGCUACAAGGCUAAUAAAAUGUCGUAUGAGGCUAGGAAGGAAGUGUUAAAUAAAAAAGGAGCAUGCCUAAUUUGUUUGAAACCGGGACAUAAUGCGAAAAAAUGCAAGAAUUUUACAAAAUGCCUUUUCUGCUCCAAACGUCAUUCUGUAUUGAUGUGCCCUGACAUUAAAACGUCAAGUCAAAUUGAAAACGUGAAAAAUUCGAAUGUUGGAACGUCAAACUUAAGUAACAACGUAACUCAAUAUAAGGCUAGUACCACACUGUUGCAAACGUUUAUGGCAAAUAUUGUCAGCGAUAAUAAAUGUAUACAGGUACGAUGUUUUAUCGACUCGGGAGCGCAGAAGACAUACUUACGUCGCGACAUUAUUGAAAGCUUAGGCUUGAAACCUAUCGGUAACGAAAUCGUGUCAAAUUGCCUUUUUGGAGGAAUAGAAACUGAAAAGGAACUGUUUCAUACAUACGCGAUUACUUUAGGAAGCCUUGAUAAAAAGUUUCAAUGUACAAUGACCGCGCGAGGGAAGUCAACGCUCUGUGGGCAUGUUCCUCGUUUAAAUAUAAAUCACGAGAUGUUCAAAGAGUUGCAAAGGAAUAACAUCACGUUGAGCGACGUCGGCGACGCGGCCGCACCCGACAUCGGGCUACUGAUCGGCGCGGAUCACGCAGGCGCCUUGCUCACUAAAAGUUUUCUGGAACUGAACAAUAACCUCGUUGCGAUUAAAACCAAAUUCGGUUGGACUCUUCAAGGACCCAUUAUUACAAACGCAUGCAGUGUCUUGACGAACGUAGUAUUGGUGAAUAAUUUGCAGAUAUCAGAGCUUUGGGACUUAGAAACUCUUGGAAUACGAGAUCCAGCGGAAGUUGCGAAUAAGGCGAAGACAGAUACAGUCAUAAUGGAUCAGUUUAGAGACUCGAUCAAGAUUAAUGACGAAGGACGGUACGAAGUUGACUUACCGUGGAAACCAAAUCUUGGAGAACUCCUUGAUGACAAACAUUUAGCUGAAAAGAGACUGAUGUCAACAACGCAGAAGCUAGAAAAGCUAAAAGAGUUUGAUAACUAUGGACAUGUCUUCGAAGAUUGGUUAAACGACGGCAUAAUCGAAGAAGUUGAUGACGCAUCGAAGCCUAAACACUACCUGUGCCAUCACGCUGUCAUUAAGAAUACCAGCCUCACUACACGAGUUCGUCCGGUCUUUGACGCACCUUUAACCUACGUCGCGGACAACUCCGAUAAGCUAAAACCCAUCACUCCCGCGUGCUUCACACAAGGGCUUCCUUCGAGCGAGAUACCGGACUUAGACCAGCUCGAUCAUGACUCACUCAACAGGCGCCUCAGGUAUCUUCAUAAGUUGAGGGAAGAUCUACGAGAAAGGUUCAGGAACGAGUACAUUGGGAUGCUCAUCCAGAAGGGCAAGGAGAGGGACUCUCAUUUAAGGCGGUCUGAAAUUUGA